AAAAAAUCAUUAGAUCAUAGAAGCACCAACAAAAUACUUAUAUAAAAAAAUCAUUCGUAUUGCCGACGGCGCUUGCAAAACCAUUAAUUUGUUAAACAUAUCUUUGGUACAUACUAUAUAUUCCCGUGAAAAUAUAGAAGUAUAAUACCGCAUGGUUAGCAGCGUAAUCGCAGCGCCGCUUAUGUGUCAUCCUCAUUAAUUGUUAAUUGGACAAUUAAAAAGUGAUCGUCUUCAUGCGCCUAAACGCCUCUGCAACAGAAACGGCUUAUAGUGCGUUUGCUGUUGCUGUCUGCUGCUGUCGUCCGUCAAAUUGAAAUUUAGUGUAAAUAUCUGUAUCCUCAACGACCGAACCGGGAGGCGUGGAUUCUGGCUUCUAAGUAACGUACAGUGUUCAAUAUCGACGCAAAAAGUGUUUAAAAGUGAAAUCUAAUAACUCAAAAAUAUAAAAUUAAAAUUUCUUCCGCAUAUUUCUCGUCAAAAUGGCUAACUACAAUUCAAAUUGUGGCUAUUACGACGACUACAUCGGCUAUUAUACCAACACGAAUGUGUAUCAACAGGAUUAUUGCAUGCAACCCGAGUAUGAAUACAACAAACAUGAAUAUGAUCUAUUCGACACGAAGGUGCCGCCGUCGCAACGCUCCUCCGGCUUUCACAUAUCGGACAUACUCAAUUUGGAUGGCAGCGAGCUGAAGAAUGGCGUCGUGCCACCUCACGCCGCUGCCGCUGGCCCGCACAGCCAAACGGAUAUUAGUCAACAUACGCAGCAGCAGCAUCAUCAUCCUAGCCACCUGCCCCAUCAUCUGCCUCAGCAUCACAAUAACAAUAACACCAGCUUACACAACAACAACAAUAAUAGUAAUAGUAAUGGUGAGGCUCACAGCGCACACUUAACACCACCGGCAUCAGUUUUGGGCGGCACCGGUUCCAACAAUGCCUUAACGGUACCCAGCGAUGAUCAAACAACGCAACACUCCACCGGCACCACACCAACACCAGUAGCUGGUGGCGGUGUAGUCAAUGGCACCGAUACCAACGGACAGUCAGUUACAGCACAUCAUCAAAGUUCCGCAGCUGUGGCGGCGAAUGCUGCUUCAGCUCAGGCCACCGCUCAUCUGAUAGCCAGUCACCACAAUGCCGUGGCCGCGGCAGCCGCAGCCGCUGCUGGACAAUAUUUGCCAAAGAACUUCACCAGUUUUAGUGAUGAAUUGUCAUCAUAUCACCAGAUGACGCACACUGUGUUGGCGCAUCCGGCGCGUAGCGCGUGGAUUAAAGAAAAUGAGCUCUAUGGCAUGCAACAGCCAGCCAGUCCUGAUAGCACCUCACCACACACCUCCGAGGUCUCUUAUACCUACAUUGGAUCCAACUGUCAAACCUCGCCAGCGCUCUCUGGUGAUUACAAAACCUACAGUCGUUCAGCCGAAAGCGAUGCCCUCUCCGUCGGUGAUGCAAAUUCGUUGCAUAUGCAAACUCAUGCCGGUGCCGCGGCACACCAACAGCUGCAUGCGCAUCAUCAACAGCUCAACAAAAGUAUGCCAGGCAGUGGUGGUGGUGGUGGCGGCACAGGCGCGGACAAUACCAGCGCCGGCGGCUCCUCCUCCAACCCGCACGACGACAGCCUCAUUGAGGAUGGCAUCGAGGAGGAUAUUUUGGAUGAUGAGAACGAUGAAGAAAACGGUAAUGGCUCUGCCAAUGGUGCCGACGGCAUGCCAAAUAAGAAACGUAAACGACGCGUGCUCUUUACUAAAGCACAAACCUAUGAAUUGGAAAGACGUUUCCGCCAACAGCGUUACCUAUCAGCGCCGGAGCGCGAACACCUCGCCAGUUUGAUACGACUAACGCCGACGCAAGUCAAAAUUUGGUUCCAAAAUCAUCGCUACAAGACGAAACGCGCACAAAAUGAAAAAGGCGUCUACGAGCAUCAUCCCGCCAUGCAUCCGCACCAUGCGGCCGCGCUGCCGUCACCGCGACGCGUAGCCGUACCGGUUUUGGUGCGAAAUGGCAAGCCCUGCUUGGCCGAUGGCACAAAACUGCCGCAGGAUUGCAUGACACAGCAAAUGCAAAAUGCGGCUGCAGCGCAUAAUUUGGUGUUGCAUGCAAAUGGCGCCGCGGCCUAUCAACAUGCGGCUGCAGUGGCAGCAGCGGGUCUACAUGCAGCGCAUGCGCACUCACAUCAACGACCAUGGUGGCCCUAAUAUUGUUGAGAGCUGGUGGAUCGGAUGUGGCAACGUGGAACUGGCGCUGGUGCAGUAUGAAAAUGACAACAUUAAAAGCAGCAAUAACAAAAGCGUUUUGGGUGAUAAUUUUGUGUAAGCUUCAGCAGAUGUAGACUUAAGCUUAUGAAAGCUUUGUCAAGCUAGAAUUCAUGAAAGCACAAACCUUCAACUAUUGAAAGCUUCGUAUUAUGAGAGCUCAAAUUGGUGAAAGCUCCAUGUUGUGAAAGCUUCGUAUUAUGAAAACUCAAAUUGGUGAAAGCUUCAAGCUAUGAAAGCUCACACGCAAAUUAAAAUUGGCUGGAAAACAUUUUUUUGAGACAGCAGUUGAUAUUUUAACGGCGCUACUCGAAUAUUGGACAAUAAAUUCAAAAGCACAGAAAAGUAAACAAAAACACAAAAUACACAAACAUUUUUAGUGUCGUAUUGGCAGUCGCUGUGGUGCAAUAAAAUCAGUAGAAAAAUUAAACUUCAUAAAAAAUUUUAAAGAAAGAGGCAAGCACCAUUUCGGAAAAGUGUAAAUAAAUUAAGAAAAAAAUUGUAAAUAUCAAUAAAAAUGUU